UGCAAAUAUAUAUUGCUUUUAUCAAUCUGAAAGAUUAGAUGAGACAGACAAGUAUAUUGGUGAAACACUUUGGAAAAAGUAAAGGUGCAUGUAUUAAUUUAUUUCAACAGAAAAUUUAUUAUUCAUUAAUGUAUGAAAACCAAGUUCACAACUCAGAGAGAUUAUGAUAUCAGUUAAUUAUAUAUACGAAUAUUUGGUCCUUUAUUGUUUCUCUUACUCUUUAGUCUUAAUUCUCUCCUUUCCAAGAGAUUUCCUUUUCAUUCUUUCCUGUCAUUAUUAUUGUUUUGCUUGUGUAGCCAGAAAAGUAUACAAGAUCACUAUGUUCUCUAAUAGAAAAAUUGAAAAUAGAAUUAAUAUGCAAUACACUUAUUGCUUGAGUAAGCUAUAUGCACCUAAAGUCAUUAAUUCCUAUGUGUUUUUGUCUAAAAGAAAAGCAUAUACCCUUUUAAAAUACUAAUCUCAUUGAAAGAAUUUCUGACCUCUGGCUAUAAUAUUUAUUUCCUUUUCCUUGCAAGAAACAAGAUGAUUUUAAUGUUUUCCAUAAGCAGCAAAAUUCCAUCAUCAUUUAAAAUAACUGAUAUUCAGAUUUAUUGGUCAGUUAUUUAAGGGUGCUUGCUCAAUUCGCUGAACAAAUCUUCAUAUUUUCUUUGCAGCUAUAUAAGAUUUAUUUUCCACCUGCAUAGAUGUAAGCUGGUAAGUAUCUGAUUUUUCAUAUCUAAUGUUGGUUCAAUCUCAAACCAUGGUACUUCAAAUUUGUGGAAGAGUGGGGGAUGGUUGUAAUUUGGGUCCUUCUUUACUACAAAAUCACUUUGAUAUUUUAAAGAAUUCUUUAGAAAAGUCUUAUAUAGAAACCUCGUACAGUUUUGAUUAUUAAUAAAAUGACUGGACUGGUACUCUUGUACUAGCUUUUUCCAGUAUAAUAUACUCACUGGUCUACAUAUUCUCACCUUAGUUAUGCCAAUGUUUUUUUUUCCUUUCUUUUUUUAGCUGUUUUAAAACUUCUAUACAUGCAAUAUAUAGAUGGUGAAUCCAUGUGCAGCCAUCCUACUAUUUCUUACAGUCCUGAUUACAAAACUUUUAAAUUCAAUGCCAAAAAUGAGGGCAUGAAGGAAGGCAAGGCAGCUGACAAAAGUUGUUUAGUGGAACUUGAUGUCUCGGAUGUGAGGAGUGAAGAUUGCGGAGUAAUUCUCAAUCCACCACCAGAUGAAAAGGGGAAUGGAAAUGUAGCAAGGAGGGCAUUGGAAACUACUCAAGACAAGAUCAAUGGGAACCACAAGGCUGCUAAUGACUCCGAGGACAGUACAAGAAGAAAUAGUCAUUUUACUAGAAAAGAGUCUAUGGACUAUGAGUUGCCUGAACUGGUUGUUUUUCUUCAAGAGAGCAGUUACCAUUUCGUUAAGGACAUGUGCAUCGACAAGAAAUUGCCUUGUAAGGAAAAGAGUUUUGUAGAAAAUUGUGAGUUGGAGCAUAAGAUAAUCUCUUGCGUACUUGAAUCUGAUGCUGACAGAAAAAGCAAGCCAUUGGAACAAGCUAUGAAACCGUUGUCAUCAUCCAUUACGAAAGAAUCAAAACCUACCGAUGAAGACGAUCAUGGUGAUAAAGGUACUAAGCAGCAUGGUUUUACAAACUUGGUGACAGAGGGUUUAGAUUCUAGUCCAAGUGAUGGGAUCUCAAUUCAUAAAGCCAUCAAGGAGAUUGUACCUGAAUUACAACUUGUGGUUCAAAAGGUUCAAAAGUCAGCUUUGACAAGCCCGCCAACCGUUGACAACAACAAAGACACCAGCCAAACAAGCAGUGUCACCAUCCCUAAAGAGGUGAAGAGUGGAAGGAACUCCUGUGAUAGUGAUUUCUCUGUAGCCACAAUCAUUGGAGCAGAGGAGCCAUCACUUGGUGCAGAUUGUCAUCAGGAGCCUGCUGAAACAGAACACACCACCACAAGCCAUGAAAAUGAAAUCUCAGAAAGCUUCACAGAACCAAGUCCUGUUCACCAACAGUACUGCAAUGAAGAACCAACUCAUCUUGCAGGCCUCAUGUCACACCAUGUUUCAGCAUCAACAAGCUUUCGAAGCAUUUCUCUUCGCUCAAGCAGCAGCGCUACUAGUUCGCGGUCUUUCGCUUUCCCUAUAUUAGCUGCAGAAUGGAAUGGCAGCCCAGAAAAAAUGGUGAAGCCUGAAAAGAGACAGUUGAAAAAGCGCCGAGGGAAGUGUUUUAGCUUUCUCUGCUGUAAAUUCUGAACUUGUUUGUAUAUAUAGUUCUUUUUUGGACUUGUUAGUUGUUUGGUAAUUCAUAUAUAAUUGAUUCUUUUGUUCCUUGUAUAAAUGUCUGUUAAUGAAUACAUGUUCUCAUGCAAAUCAUACCUUUAUUGCAUUCGUAGACAAUCCAAAUAAAGUUUUGGCAACA